AUGAUUGUAGAGCCACCCGCUUCAUGGUUGAGCCCGAGAGUGCUAAGUCUUGUCGUGUCGCAGCGCAAAAUCCGCCUCGUGACGGACCAAAAUGUCAUGCCCGACAAACCGGCGCAGGUCGAGGGCUUUCCCAUGAGGAAAUGGUCCGUCUCCAUCUUCGUCUUGGACGAGGCAGGCGAGGAACACACGGCCGAUUGCUUCCAGAAGGUCGUGUAUAACCUUCACCCUUCCUUUGAGAACCCAACGCAAACCUUCCCCAAACCCCCCUUCACCUGCGAAAACGAAGGCUGGGGAGAAUUUGAAAUGGUCAUUGAUUGCUAUACGACGGAGAAGUCCAAGCAGUCCAUCCCACACGACCUCAACUUCCAAUCCAACCACUACGUCUCCGAGCACACAGUCUCUUUCAAGAAUCCAAGCCAGGCGCUUCAGCAGAUUCUCCGCGAGACAGGACCUCUACCCAACGACGAGGACCGCGCCAAGCGCAAGGGCGCCGCUGGUGCCGCCGGCCCCAAGAAGGCCAGCCAAAAGUACGACUACGAGAAGAUUGCCGAUGGCCUCGGACGCCUCGAGGAGGAUGACCUGCUGCGCGUGAUCCAGAUCAUUAACGAUAACCGGACCGAGGGCAUGUUCAUCAAGAGUGACGUGGACGCCGGCGAGUUCUCGAUCGACCUGUAUUCCAUGCCCGAGACGCUUACGAAGCUUCUCUGGGACCACCUGAACAAGAAGGGUCUCAUCAGUUAG